CGUGUCCACUUGAGAAAGACGGACAACGUCCUUAUGUCGUGAUUGACAAAUCGCCAUACAAGCCGAAAGGCGUAAAUAAUGCGGACAUGGCAAGCAUACAGUGCAGUUUUGUAGGUUUAGUUUUGCUUUGUCCGCAAAAGAUUGGAGUGCAUAAUGCGACCGAUGAAGACAUUGAAGCGUUUUGCCAUAUGUGGAGAUGUUACGGAUAUUAUCUUGGGAUGGCGGAUGAGCACAACUUCUGCCGCGGCAGUCUCGAGGAAAUAAAGCAGCGCACUCGAGAUCUUCAUGAAUAUUGGAUAUUACCUAAUUUUAAGGAAGUUACGCCCGAAUGGGAGCACAUGACGAGAUGCAUCAUCGAAUCAAUAAAUUACUAUCCCUUGAUUUAUGUACCUUACAAAAUGAUGAUAUUACUUGCUAUGGAUACGUUAAAUAUAAACAUGCCGUAUUUGUAUGCGUCAAUGAGUUACACGGAAUGGAUUACUUAUAAAAGUUGGAAAUUUCUAUUGCGCUACGUUUUAAGAUUCUCAAGUUUCCAAAAAAUUUUUAAUAAAGUGAUCGGCAAGAUACUCGAUCUUGCGAAGAAUAUGAGCCCAGAAAAGGAAGCAGAACUUCAGGAAAAAUCGAAAAAGCAGUUAUCCAGUUUUUCUACUAUGCACUAAUAGUGAAGCGCAAUUGCAUAAAUUUUGAAAAAAUCUAAAUUUAAACAAGUUUUCUUUUAGUUAGCUUUUUGAUGAAUUAAUUUAAAAAAAACGUAUAAUCAACUUAUAUUAAUAUCUAACUAAUAUCUGCUCUCUUAUUAAUAUUAAUAUAUAAAUUGACAUUGUAUAUUAUGUCAAGUAAACAUUAAAAUUAUCUAAAACAUAGCAACGUCUUAACCGAUUUUAAAGUAUAAUAUGCUGACAAAAAAUAAAGCAGUUGUCAAGUGCAUUAAACUGGUACAAAAUAUAUAACAAACAAAUAACAAUA